AUGGCGUCCUACGAUAGCUGGGCAAGUCCCCUGGGCUCUCGAUAUGCCAGUAAGCCCAAUGUCUGCACUCCUUCCGAACAUGCCCGCCCAUGGGAGAGUACUAACUGUUAUUUCGAAGGCAAGGAAAUGCUUACCCUCUUCUCCGCUCGGACACGGGCUUCUACAUGGCGAUUACUUUGGAUAUGGCUCGCUGAAUCACAACGAGAGCUCGGGCUUGACAUAUCGGAAGAAGCAAUCGCGCAGAUGAAAGCACAUGCAACAAUGACCGAUGAAGACUUUGAGAUUGCUGCAGCAGAGGAAAAGCAGAGGAGGCACGAUGUCAUGGCACAUGUGCAUGCAUUCGGGCUGGCUGCUCCAGCUGCAGCCGCCACCAUACAUUUGGGCGCAACGUCGUGCUAUUGCACCGACAAUGCAGAUCUGCUUUUCAUCAGAGACGGCCUCUCUCUCCUUCUUCCCAAGCUUGCGAUAUGCAUACAGAAACUUUCGGAAUUCGCUGAAGAGUACAAAUCUCUUCCCUGUCUGGGCUACACUCAUGGUCAACCAGCCCAACUUACAACGGUAGGCAAACGAGCCUGUCUCUGGAUCCAGGAUCUCCUUAUGGACCUUCGAAAUAUCUCUCGCGCAAAGUCUGACCUUCGCUUCCGUGGCGUCAAAGGCACAACCGGUUCUCAAGCUUCCUUCCUUCAGAUCUUCAAUAACGACCAUGAUAAAGUGGAAAAGCUGGACGAGCUCGUCACCAGAAAGGCAGGCUUCGGCCACGCUCCUGCAUACAUCAUCUCCUCCCAGACCUACUCUCGCAAAAUCGAUCUCGACAUUUCUAAUGCUCUUGCCUCUUUUGGUGCGACUUGCCAAAGGAUAGCAGGUGACAUAAGACAUUUAGCCAUGUUCAAAGAGCUGGAAGAACCGUUCGAGAAACAACAAGUGGGUAGCUCUGCUAUGGCGUAUAAGCGUAAUCCGAUGCGCUCGGAGAGGAUAUGUUCGUUAGGCCGGAAACUGGCGAGUCUGAAUAGUACUACGUCUAAUACGUAUGCUGCGCAGUGGUUUGAGAGGACGCUGGACGACUCGGCCGUGAGAAGGAUAGACCUCCCUGAGAUGUUUCUGUGCGCAGAUGCAUUGAUGAUAUUGCUCGACAACGUGUCCUCAGGUCUGGUUGUAUAUCCAGCUGUGAUUCAACGACGAAUCAAUGACGAAUUACCCUUCAUGGCGACAGAGAAUUUCAUCAUGCGAAUCGUGGCCAAGGGCGGCUCGAGGCAAGAAGCUCACGAGCACAUCCGCAUCUUGAGCCACGAAGCUGCGGCUGUGGUGAAGCAGGAAGGGAAGAGUAACGAUCUCAUUGAGAGGAUUCGAGAGGACGAAUAUUUCCGGCCGAUUUGGGAUGAAUUGGAGGAUUUGAUGGAUGCCAGGACUUUUGUGGGUAGGGCUCCGGAACAGGUGAACAAGUUUCUGCGGACGGAGGUCAAGGAGGCGCUGAAGCCAUAUGCGGAAGCGGUUGCGGAGGUCAAGGCGACGGAGCUGACGGUUUGA